CGCCUCUGAACUGGUCACCACCACAACCACACAACAAUCCGAAAUCCCGUUGCUCCACGCGCGACCCAUCACAUCGCAGGAUCAAGUGCCGAUAUUGUAGCACUGAUUCAGAAGCAUAACCACCUCUCUCACCUCUCCAAUUUGAACCCCGACACGUACCGCCAACAUGGGUCUCACAUUCUCGAAGCUUUUCGAUCGCCUCUGGGGCAAGAAGGAGAUGCGUAUCCUCAUGGUCGGAUUAGACGCUGCAGGAAAGACAACUAUUCUCUACAAGUUGAAGCUCGGUGAAAUCGUUACCACCAUCCCAACCAUUGGAUUCAACGUCGAGACUGUGGAGUACAAGAACAUCCAAUUCACCGUUUGGGAUGUCGGUGGACAGGACAAGAUCCGUCCUCUGUGGAGACAUUACUUCCAGAACACCCAGGGUAUCAUCUUCGUCGUCGACAGCAACGAUCGUGAUCGUGUCGUUGAGGCUCGCGAGGAGCUCCAGCGCAUGCUGAACGAAGACGAGCUCCGAGAUGCCCUUCUCCUGGUCUUCGCCAACAAGCAGGAUCUGCCAAACGCCAUGAACGCCGCCGAGAUCACCGACAAGCUCGGUCUGCACAGCUUGAGGCAACGUGCCUGGUACAUCCAAUCAACUUGCGCUACAUCCGGAGAUGGUCUCUACGAGGGUCUCGAGUGGCUGAGCAACUCGCUGCGCAAGGCUGGCCACAACUAGAUGUACUCUACCCACCGAAACGUAUGACAAAGCACGAAUCAAGGAUAUAAACACAGACAGCACAUGGUUCCCGUGCUUCGGAAUUGCCACACCUUAGACUCACGUUUGCGGCAGCAGGACAAGCAGAGAGAAUGGGAUGACAGAAGGGCGCUGGAGGCUUCAUGGGAAGGCCGCAGACUGGGAAACUGGUUGUCUCUGCCCUCUUGGUGAUUAGCUAGCAUGCUGGAGUCGUGUAUCUUGUUUUGAUCAUAUCUCUCUACACGUGGAUGCUGCUUUCGCGGGCUGAGGGCUGCAUUACUGGCGGUGCUUCUUUGCAAGGCGUUGCUUCUACUUUCGGGAGAUCUCGUCAUGUGUAAGGAGCCGCGUCUAGGAGUAUGAAAGUUUGCAUUUGAAGAAUUUCG